UUACUGUGUUUGUGCCGUGUUUGGAUUUGGAAGUGAAGUAGUAAUAUACUUAGUGGAAUUAUCGGUUUUCAUGCUGUACAAUUUUACUAUAAUCACUUUGAAAUGUUUUUAUGCUAAAAUUUAAUUUAAACUAGGUCCUACAAAGUGUAUAUUUUCGUUUCUGAGAUCCUGAAAAUUAUAUAUCAUAGCUAGGCUAUGACUCCCACACCAACGCCGAGAAGUAAGUUAGAGCAAUGCCUUGGUUUGGCAUGGACAUUGGCGGAACACUCAGCAAACUAGUUUAUUUUGAACCGAAAGAUGUAACAGAAGAUGAAGCUGAUGCAGAAAUUGAAACCCUCAGGAAUAUCAGGCGGUAUUUAACAAAAAACUCAGCAUAUGGAAACACCGGCCAUAGGGACACCCACCUACAGAUGGAUGACGUAAGGAUAGGAGGACGUACAGGAUCACUGCACUUCAUCAGGUUCCCCACUUGUGAGAUGGGAAACUUCCUGGCUCUGGCCAAGAGCAAAGGAAUGGCUACGCUGAUCACCACAGUGUGUGCUACUGGUGGUGGCGCGUACAAGUUUGAGAAAGAUUUCAUGCAGGUACUCAACAUGAAGCUGGCCAAGUUUGAUGAGCUGGACGCUCUAAUCAGAGGCAUGUUGUUUGUGGAGGCCACCAACCCUCGUGAGGUCUAUUACUUUACCAAUCCCACUGAAGAGGAUAAGUGCCAAAAGUGUGUCUUCAACUUCAGCAGACCCUACCCAUUUUUGAUUGUGAACAUCGGAUCAGGAGUGAGUGUCCUAGCAGUACAUGGCCCCAAUGAAUGGAAAAGAAUAUCAGGAACCAGCUUAGGGGGUGGAACAUUCCUGGGACUUUGCUGCCUACUGACUGGCUGUAAUUCCUUUGAGGAGGCCAUAGAGCUUGCCACUGGUGGUGACAACAAGCAUGUAGACAAACUAGUGAAGGACAUCUACGGAGGCAGCUACGAGAGGUUCGGACUACCUGGAGACCUUGUUGCCAGCAGUAUUUUGGGUGUAUCCAGCUUUGGGCAGAUGAAUUCAAAGGAGAAGCGAGCCACAGUGAGCAGAGAGGAUCUGGCUCGUGCGACACUUGUUACCAUCACCAACAACAUCGGCUCCAUAGCACGCAUGUGUGCACUCAACGAGGGCAUUACCAGGGUAGUGUUUGUUGGAAAUUUCCUUCGUGUGAACACCAUCUCAAUGAAGCUGCUUGCCUAUGCUAUGGACUACUGGUCAAACGGUACACUCAAAGCACUGUUUUUAGAGCAUGAGGGCUAUUUUGGUGCUGUAGGCAGUCUGUUAGCGUUCAAUGAGGAGAUCAGUUGAGAUCAGAACUUGAACAACUAUUGUGGACUCCACACCUGCUUCAAAGUCCAAGUGAUGAAAGUACUCCACCAUCUCAUUGCUAAUCACUGUUGUACUACGCAUUUCUUUCCAUUCUAAAAGUAUUAUAAACAAUUGGAAUUUCCUUGUGAAAACUAUAAGUAUAAGGUAAUGCAUUAGUUUUAAGUUAAGGUUAUGAAGAGCUAUUAGUUAUUUUAGGAAAUGAUUCCAAAAAACCUAUCCGUAAAACAAAUAUCAGUUACGUAUAAAACAGGAAUUGUAAGCUAUUGGGUAUAUUUCUUAUAUAAAUUUAAGUAAUAAGGAAAAAGGAGACAUGGGUCAGCAAUGUUAAUUCUGCAUUGUAUUAUUUACACUCAGGCUUAAUGGAAUAGUGAAAGGGUAACCGUCGAUCAGACUACUUUUAGUUUAGUCAUCGUAGCACAGGUGCAGAACAAUCUCCAGACCAUCCUCUUGCUCACUCAACAUUUGUUAAACUAUUAUUGUACUUUACAGGGGCAUUCUUCACAGUUGUAACUGUGGAUUUAACACUCAAUUAUUAAAUUAUAAUUUUCUUUAACCAUCUAUUUUUUUCUUUUGAUUUUAUUUUGGGGAAAUUUGUUCUCUUCAUGCGCCCCAAAAUCUAAUAGACUGUAGAACCCCCUUCAAAAUUUUAGACUAGAGUAAUUUAAAUAGGUCUAACUACCAUAUUUAUUGAAGGUCGCCAAAUACUUAGUAUAUAGUCAAAUAAUCAAUUUAUAUACUCAAAACUGAUUGGUGUUGUUUGUAGUAAACAUUGCUAAAAAUUGUACAGUACGUGGUUAACAGUAUGAAGUACAAAAACUCGCACAAUAAUGUAUACAAAAUAGAGAUAAAGGACAGUAACCAUCAGGAGUUUUAAACAAAUUGUAAUGUGACUAAAGGGCUUAGCUUGGCAAUCGGUAAGAUUAGUUAUUCAACAUCCUUACAAAAGCAGUAAAGCAAAAAUUACAAAUCAGUAGUUGGCUUUGCACCACACAUACAUUCUGAUGAGGCGCUACUUACUACAUCCAUCACAAUAUUACAGCAGCCAAGGCCUAAUUGUGGAAAAGCAGUCACUGAGUUAAUAGUCUAAUUACCCAAGACAACAUCUAGCUGGGGUUUUAUAGUUUCACAACAUUGUCUUUGAUUCCAUUGAUUUUUACUCAUUUGUUAAACAUGUAUUACUCAUUAAAAAUACUUAUAUCCACGUUGAAAAACUAUCCACUACAAUUAACAUCUGCUGUCUGGUGGUUGGAUCUUCAGCAAAAUCGAUAUGAAUUCGGCGCCAUCUCUCGGAAGUUAACAGCCAUUGCUGCAAUGGAACUUUUGAAACAGAAUUUCUUGUACUUUGACAAAUCAAACAAGAUGACACAGAAUCCUCAAUUUUUUUUUUUUGAUUCGGCGCCAUCUCUCGGAAGUUAACGGCCAUUGCUGCAAUGGAACUUUUGAAGCAGAAUUUCUUGUACUUUGACAAAUCAAACAAGAUGACACAGAAUCCUUAAUUAUUUUUUUGAUCCCAGGCCACCACAUGUGGCCGCGUGCCAACAAUUUCAUUCGAAUAAUUCCAGGAUGUUGUUCAAUAUCUGCAAUAUCUGGAUGACUUUGCCUUGCAAUUUCUUAGGUACCACUACUAACUGAAAUGAUAACAAAUAUUUUAAAUCAACCCACAAUAUUUUAAGAUUUUGUGCCACGGCUUAUUUUACUGGGAACAAUCUUACAAAUCUUAAGUGCUCUACUUGUAUUGCUGUUAAAAUUUUUUCUCUUUGCAGUGUUUUACAUUUUUAUAAAUUUUUAACAAUUUUAUAAAAGUGUUUUGCAAGAAACAUGAAUCAAAGAUGCCAAUGUAAAGGAUUCAAUACUUUUUGUUAUCUUUAAACAUUUUAGAACUACUCAGGAUCAAUUUGUACAGGUGUGAUUCAUGAACACUGUUCAAGUGUUGUCAGCUCCCACUAAUAGGAAAAUGCAGAAUUAUAGUAAGAGCAGUGAAAUUGUAUAAAAUAUUAUCUUCAUGUUGAAUUUUGCAACUAACUGCAAAUACAUGUAUUUACAGUUAGUUAGAUGCUUCAGAAGUAUUAUUUAUCACACUAAUCACGGUAAAAUUAAAAGUGGAAUAUUAAACUGUAUGUAUAUAAUAGUUUGAUUGCUCAAGUUUUGAGAACUAUUUUAAAAAAUUGUGACCAUUAAUGCAGGUGCAGUAUAACGAAAUUUAUUAUUAAGCAAUUUCACUUGCGUAGUUUUCCACCUGGGAAAGAAAAUGCGGACACUAUUGGUCUUAUACACAUUGGUCACUCAGAAUGUUCAGUUGCUAUCAGGGUUUGACCUGACGUAACCGAGAUUGUACUGUGUGUGCAUAUUUUAAAAAAACCACAGCGCUAAAAGCUGUUUGCGUCGUAAUCACUGACUUGGUUUUAGUCACAGCAUAAUUGAUGUUGGUCUGGUCCAAACCAUGAUAGUAACUGAAACGGUAUGAGUGGCCGAUGACAAAAAGACCAACAUUGUCCACCUACCCCCUUUAACCCCUUGAGGUCGAAUUUUUCCCCCAUUUUUCAGCAAGUAUAGUUUGCCAUUCCAGUAGUCUGGAAAAUGGUGCCCGGCAACUUAUACUUAUUUGACCCCAAAAAUCAACUUUUUUGAUUCUUGUUUAUUUAUUUUAUUUAUUUUUUGGGGUGAGUAUAGGUAGCUAUUUUUUAGCAGUCGAGAAAAUGGCAGGCGCGUGACCUCAAAGGGUUUUAAACAAAACUGCUUAGUCUGUUCUGCCAAACCCUUUACUUAAUGUCUCUUACAUCUUUGGAUUGUAAUAAGUAGUUAACGGCAAUAAAAGAGGUUACAGAAUUUUUACUUUGUUUAUGCCAUAGCAAAUGUUUGAGUUUUAAUUCAAUAUUUACAUAAAUGAAACUAGAAACUAGUAAAAUUUAUCAACUCAUGUACAACAUUCCGACAUAUUGUAUUCAGUCUUACAACAGCGCCUUUUAAUGUUACACACAUUUUGUUGAUCCUUAAAUUUGCCUUAUCAGUUAUUGUUAUAACCUUAGCCAUAAAAAUAUUACAAGAGCUGUGCUUGAUUCAAGUUGUAAGUCAGUUACUGCUGCUUGAUGGACUAAAUAUUGGUCCUAAAACAAUUCCUAUACUGGAGUAAGAGUAAGAUUAAAAUUAUUGUAAAUAAUGAUGUACUAUUUCACAUUAUAUAUUUAUGGUUGUUGAUUGUCAAUUAUUUAUUUCUAUUUAUUAUAGCUCUUAUAAUUGAUAAAUGUUAUGUUCUAGAAGUGUUGGUCUUUGUUGUUUAAAAACUCAAAAUAGCUAUUUUAUUGCUUAAAGCAUCAUUGUUACUUUUACAAGUAAAUUAAUUUAGCACAAACAUUCUAUAUUUGUUAUAUUUUGAUAUUAUUGUAAUAUUAUACUUUGUAUGAAUUGUUUUA